CGCGACCCACCGCUUUCUGAACUUGCUGCACUUUGUCCUCAGCCUCUGCCGGCAUCCUCAUGUUGGGACGUUUUCAUUUCCGCUUUGCCACCCUGCUUUUAAGACGUUUACCGUCUCUCCCCCAUAGUCACAGUCCCUAUCACCGCUUCUCUACGAAUUUUAGUCGGGAUUUGACGAAGAAGGCGCCUCACCAUGUUCAAGGCCCACCAUUCAGAAUUCAUGUAAAUGAGUCGCCGGGAACGGUGGGUGUUGUAUCGGUGAGAGGGGACCGGGAGACGAAUGAGGAUCGGGCAACAUGUGAAGUGUUGCGGGUCAACCUACCGGACGACGAUGAAAGCGGGACGGACCUCUACUGGUUCGCUGUUUUUGAUGGGCAUGGCGGGACUUCCUGUUCGUCACACAUCCAUCAACAUCUUCAUCGAUACUUUGAGAGCGUGAGGAGUAAGGACUUGAGCCCUACCCUCACAGCAUUGAGCAAAUAUUUCGAACGGCCCAUAUCUCGGCCCGCAGAAGAUUGGUCCGAUCCUUUGACACUGGAGCAACGCAUGUAUCUGUCAUUCCUGAAGGCAGAGGUCGAUUUCUUUCAGAGCAAUCGCGAUGUGGAUACGGUUGGGUCAACCGCCUCAGUUGUUGUUGUGAAAAUCAUUGAACUUGGUGGACCAUCCACCUUGGAUGUUGUUGUAGGGCAUGUUGGGGACUCGCGAAUCCUUCUUUGCACAGGUUCACAAGGUGUAGCAGAAGCAUUGACUGUGAACCACCAUCCGUCAGAACCGGAUGAGCGCGCAAGGAUCGAGUCGUUGGGCGGGUUUACGACGCACGUCCCUGAUGCACCUCAUUCAGAGCUCGUUCUAGGCGGACUAGCAGUUUCUCGUUGUUUUGGGGAUCUCAAAUAUAAACGAUAUGGAGGCGUGACCGUUGAACCUCAGGUGCAAAGAAGACGCAUUCAGGACGAUGAUCAAGCGGCAUUUCUAUGUCUUGUUACGGAUGGCAUUUCUGGUGUUUCGCGAGAUCAAGAGAUUGUUGAUCUGAUCAAGAAGAGUGACAAUCCCCCCAAAGCCGCUUCAGCAGUGAUUCAAUUUUCAGAGUCCCUAGGGUCAUCCGACAACAAAACAUGUGUUGUUGUCCGAUUACCUGGAUGGUCGUCCAACCUCCCAGACUUGACCCGCAAAGAACGCGAUGCCCGCAUCAAGGCACACGCGAAUCGACGACGAAAUUUUGAUUGCAGUGACCCUGACGAACCUGAUGUGGAAGCCGGUGCAGAAUUAAACAGGGAACGGCUAAAAGCGAUUCUCAGUGAUGUCUUUGGUGCAAGAUCCUUGCGAGGCGAAGAUCUUUUUAAGGCUUUCGAGGAGCGUGGUGUUCGACUGGACAUGGGAGUCGGACAGGAGGGUGAGGAUAAAGCGACGAAAGAGGAACCAAAUGAUGUGACCCUCGAGGUCGUGCAGAAGCUAUAUAAAGUGCUGGACAAGGAAGAAUUCGAACCAAUCGACAAAGCGGAGGCACAGAGGGGUUUAGAACUAUUAGGUGUUUACGUUCGUCGCAUCGAUCCGGCUGAGUAAAUAUCUCAGCUCUUAUAUCUGUAACUAGACCUGCACGAAGGGUUUAAGUCAAAUAAUCAAAACACCACCCUCA